GACGUGAACAACUUCCUGUUUGGGUCCACCAUCCAUGACAUUCAUUCAGGGCGGUAGUGUACGUUGUUGUCCCUUUCAGCCUCCUGGAAUCAACAUCUAAAGAUGCUACAUCCUCUGUAAUGCACCCUUGAAUCUUCAGCUGGACCAUAUCCGUUUUUGCACGUAUAUUUAAUACCUGGGAGAAGAACAAACCAAAGGCCAAAUGAACGGAGCAGCAUUCCCCUCUCCUACUGCAGAGAUGGCGGAGAUUAACCGCAUCCACUACGAGCUGGAGUACACAGAGGGCAUCAGCCAACGCAUGAGGAUUCCAGAGAUGCUCAAAAUGGGCCCCUACGGUCAUGACAACCCUGAGGCAGGCUCACGUGACCUGCACAACGUCAUGAUGCAGGUCCCAGAGAGGAUCGUAAUGUCCGGAGAUAGUGAGGACUCCCAGUUCCCGAGACCCCGAGACCUGGACCUGAUCCAGUCCACCCCGCUAGAGAGCCUGUCCCUGAAGACCCCUCCUCGGGUCCUCACCCUCAAUGAGCGGCCGCUGGACUUCAUGGAAAUGGAGCGCAGUGCAGCCCCAGCCCAGCCCAGUGAGGAGGUGCGUUCGCAAGGGCGGUUGCGGCGGGAACGUUCAGCCAGCGAGAACACCACUGUCCGUCACAAUAGCCAGAUUGCCAGAAACGAUUCAACUGUGACCCCGUCCCUCCCAGCCCCUCUCCGUGCCUGCCCCCCUCUCGCCAUGGCCGAGGACGAACAGAACCUGUACAGCGCUAGCGGCGUUCUCUCUUUCAUCCAGUCCACCACGCGCCGGGCCUACCAGCAGGUCUUGGAGGUUCUGGACGAGAACCACCGCAGCAAGCCAUCGCUGCGAGGGGGGUCUGCCUUGACCUCUAACCCUCUGCAUGAAUCCAGGCUUGCCCUGGCCACUCUAGACACUACUCUGGAUGUAUCCAUGGCUCCUGAUGACAUGGCUGUCGUAGAUGCAGCAACACUUCGACGGCAGAUCAUCAAGCUGAACCGGAGGCUCCAGCUCAUAGAAGAGGAGAACAAGGAGAGGGCCAAGCGUGAGAUGAUCAUGUACUCCGUCACCGUAGCCUUCUGGCUUAUCAACAGCUGGGUUUGGUUCCGCCGCUAGAACCCUUUCCUCGGAUCCACUGUCAGAGAGUGGAGAACAAAGCCUCUCCUCUUCUAUGUGUCAAAUGUUAGCAAAAUGUACUCUCUGCACUUAGUCCCAUCGCUGGAUGGCCUUGUUAUUGGGCAAUGGGAUGUUUGUUUUCAUUUAAUUUUAUUGUAACCAUGUACUUGUAAUUUUUUUUUACAAUGCUAUAUAAUUGUUUUGUUUUUUUGGCUUAAGAAGCAACGCUUGACUUGGCUGUAAAUAUUUCUUAAUGUUACUCAGUUGUAAUCAUUGCCCCCGAGGCAUUUCCAACAGAUAAGAGGUCUAAAGAAAAGGAAAAAAUAAGCCACAGUGGAGACAAAUCGAAAUGGGCUACAUAUGUUAAAUAUUUAUUUGGGACUGGGGUGAUGUGAAAAGAUGUAAAAAUGUUGUCAAGUACUACUGUUAAAUUGUAAGAUAAUACAUCAUGUUAAAUUUUCUCAUGGGUUUAAUUGAUGUAUAAUACUGAAAGGAAACAGUCACACUAUUGCUAUUACACCAUUUUGAUUCAUUAUGUAUGGCCCAUAUCCACCAAGCCAUAGGCAUGAUAUGCUAUUUCUCAUAUUUUAUCUUCAGUUCCUACCUUCUUUUUUUUACCAAGAACUCGCUGGCUGGAGCACAAUGUUUCCAAAUUGGUUGUAGUUUUCAGUCAUAAUGUGCCAGCAUAUUAUGCUGAGAUUCAUACAAUUUUAUUUGAAUAAAUUACAAAAUAGUAAAUUCUGA